ACUAGCACUUGUUUGGCAAAUUCUCAUCUCUCCAAUGAUCCAAUCCUCCACUCGGCGCUUGUAUGGUCGGCCACACUGAAUAAAAACCUCAACAAGUGUCCCUGAAAACCCUAGCGUCCUCUUUUGUCAGUCUAAGCAGCCCUUCUUCUUCUUCUUCUUCUUCUGCUUGGCGUCGGCUCCUCAAUCCUCCAUCCUCCUCCUCCUCCUCCUCCAGCUGCCACUGCUGCUAACAUGGGUCGGGUGCGCACCAAAACUGUUAAGAAAUCUUCUAGGCAAGUCAUCGAGAGGUACUACUCUCGCAUGACCCUCGAUUUCCACACCAACAAGAAGAUAAUCGCCGAGGUCGCCAUCAUCCCAUCCAAGCGCCUUCGCAACAAGAUCGCCGGCUUCUCCACCCAUCUCAUGAAGCGGAUCCAGAAGGGUCCCGUUCGGGGUAUUUCUCUGAAGCUGCAAGAGGAAGAGCGCGAGAGGCGCAUGGACUUCGUACCCGACGUCUCCGCCAUCAAGACUGACGAGAUUAAGGUCGACAAGGAGACCAUCGACAUGCUCGCCGCGCUCGGCAUGCCGGAUCUUCCCGGAGUUAUGGAGGACGAGUCGGUGGCUGCGCCGGUGCCGGCUGCUCCAUUCGGCCGUGGGGCCGGCGGACCUGGUAGGAGGUACUGAGACUGCUGAGACUUUUAUGAGAUGGGUAAUUGUUAGAUGUUGUAAUUGCUUUACGUUUUUGAGGAUGCUAAGGAAAAUGUGUCUUAUGAGUUUCGGAUUUAUUAUGAAGGUUUUACUUUAAUUGAACUUGAAGAGUGUUGCAUUGGUUUCCAAUUUUAUGAAUGUUUUUUUUUUUUUUUUUGUGGAAUUGACUAUUUGAAUUAAUAUGAAAUUAGAUUUCUCA